CAUCAACAGCCUCCGACAAUGGGUCCGCGAAAACGACUCCAAGACAAACGCAGCUGUCCCUAUACGCUAACUACAUGGUAGUGCGAAUUAUUAAAAAUUUCACUUUUUUUGUUUUCCUAGUUUUACGUGACAUCCGUAUAUUGUUCCCUGUCCAAUAUAAACACACGGGACGGCCGAAAAGCAAACACUGCCGUUGUCGAUACCAGAACGCAUCUAUCUCACAACCGUACUUACCAUAUACCUACAUACCCGACUGUCGCAUUAACAAAAAAAAAAAAAAAUGGUACUGUUAAAGUCUCCUGCCGUCGUGUUACCGUGCGUUUUGGCUAUGGCCCGAGUGGCCGUUAGCGCUCUACCCAAUACGUUUGAAAUGCCAUCCAAUGGCGUAUUGCCGAGUCCCGUUAAAUACUUCGAAGGAGUGCAAUACGAGAAUAAAACAAGUACGGCAGGACGAUCUCAUGAGCCUAGAUUUGGUUAUAUUCCAUCGUCAUUCGGUAGUGGAGCAUCUAGCGGUUUAGACGGGUAUGGUCAUGGCAAUACGCUAAGCUAUGGUCCACAGAAAUUUGACAUCGGAGGACUUAUCGUCGGUGCAGUAAUCGGCCUUGGAGUUUUAAUACUCAUUCCGAAGCUUAUCUACAUUUUCUUUUCGGCGACCAAUCUCUUUGGCUCGGGUAGCAGUGGUUAUGGCCAUAGUUAUGGAAGAAGUGAUGAACUUAUCCCAGGAAUAAGCGAUUUAGCUAAGAAAUUUGAAGACUCGAUGGCAAAAUAUAAUAUAAAUACAACAGAAUGUAUGCAAAAAGCACUAUGCACGUAUAUUCAAACUACCUCCCAAGCUAAAGGAAGAUCUGAGGGGGUUAGCAGUUUUGUGGAUAGCGCUGUAAGCGCGUUAACAAAAAGUUCUGUAAUGAACUUUAUAAUAGAUGGCUCCAAGUUCAAGUCAGCUUUAGAGACUGGGAGAAAUGGCGAAUGUGGACAGACUUACACACAGUGUCCAUUUAACCAAGAAAGCCUCGUUAUGUUUUUGAGACAAAUUUCAACAAAAUCAUGAUUUUUUUUUAUAAAAAAUUUUAUAAUUGCACUUGUAUUAAGAUCCACUGUUCAUUAGUUUAAAUUUGUUUUGAUAAAGAUAAAUUAAAUACCAAUUAUAACGAUUGUUAAUCUUUGACUGUUCAACACU